AUGAGCUGUCUACUAAGAUCUGUGGUGCGCAAAACAAUUGUGAAUCACUCCGUGCCCAGACUGCUGUUCUGGCAUGGGUGUCGUUUUGUGCACUCGAGUCUCGUGACCUUGCGGUACUCGCGGCCACCGCGACAGCGGAUCGACCGGCCCUCCCUGCUAAACGAGGUGCUUGCUCGGACCCCAGACUCGCUCAAGCUGGCGCUCGGACUCACGGCGGUGGGCUCGCUCGUGGUGUUUGUUGCACUGCCGCUCUUUGCGCUCGUUGUUCCGCCGCUCUGUGUGGGCUCGUUCAUGGCGUACAAAAUCGCCCAGAGACGCAACCGCAAGCAGAUGAGCGAGAAGUGGGCGCUGCUAAAAGACUCGACGCUGAUAUUUCGGCCUCGGAACAGCGCAAACCCGCUGGCGCUGCCGCCGCUCGAGCAGAUCAACAGCGACCUGGCGAACUUCGUGCUGCGGCGAGUCUCUGACGCGUUUCUGCUGAACGAGGACGGCGUGGCAGACUACUUCAACAUCCAGUCGGUCAACGACAUCGCUCUGGGCGUUCUGGACGGCGUGCAGUACGAUUGGAACGUCUCGCUACAGACAGUCAACGGCGUCGUCCAGGAGGUGGAGGACAUGAUCACCGUGCAGAGCAGAUAUCUCUACGACAAACGGUCCGGAGACAAAAUUGCCAAGGUAAUUUUUAGUCUCAAAAAUUUGGACACCCCAAUUUUUCAGGACCUUCUGGAGCAGAGCAUCAGCGUCGGCAAGAGCCAGUGCGUGAUCGAGGUCGUCCCGCUCGGCUUUGUGGCCAACAGCCGUUUCGUCAUCAACACGCCGUCGAGCGAGGGCGACAUCAUCGACGUGGAGGGCGAAACUAGGACAUUGUAA